UUUCAGGAACAGGCUUGCGGGUGUGGAAAAUAUAUGCCUUGGCUCACUCAAAUUUGGGAAACGCUGGAGUAGAUUUCUGUUCAGCCUCGACAAGAUCCGGCAGGGGGAGCUGUGGUGCAGCGACAAAAUCUGGUACACUGCCAGGAGUGGCUGCAGCAUCAGCAUCAUCAGAUCUUCCUCCUCCUCCUCCUCCUGUCCGCAGCAUCUCUCUUCCUCUCUAUUCGCACCAUUUAAUCCAGAAAGAGGGAGAGUGCGAGGCACGCGUGUUUCUGGCGGCAGCGCAUAUGACGAUGGAAUAAACCUCAAUGCAGUGUCAUCACAGACUACUUGCUGAAAGGGAAUGCAAGAUGAGUUGUUGAGCUGAUGUAAAAAAGAUUCAUGAAAUUCUAUUUUUGGAGGACCACAGCACUGCAUUACAGAAAAACCUGAACAAAAAAAGAGAGGAAAAACAGAGUGGUGUAUAAAUCAAUCAAUGGCCUCGGGCUUCAGAAUUUCCUUUGGGAUAGAUAUGGUAUCUGCCUGAUAUCUUAGAGCACUCAAAAGAAACAGUCCAAAAUGAGCAUCCCAACUAAUUUCAAGGAACGUGGGGUUGUUGCGAGAGCGGAAAAGAUUACAAACAAAACUCCGAUCCAAUUCACUCACACUGGCGAUGACAAUGCCAAUCAAUUGUCUUCUUUAAGUGAUCAAGGAGGCUUGUUAGAGGACACAGGGUGCAAUAAGAGCUCACUCCCACCUUUGGUAUCUCAAAGUGAAUCCCACGACAAGAUGAUAAUCUGGGUCUCUGAACAGCAGUGUUCAGAGCCUGGGCUCAGAGAGAUCGAGCUUGUGGAGUGUCCUGACAUACAUACAUUAUUGAGAAACCAAAAUGAGGAAGAUGAUGAUGACGAUGAUGGAGGAAGCACGAAAGAAGGUAAAGACGAGGGUCCAAUGUCAAUAUCCUCCAGUUCAACUGCCAGCUCUAUUUCAAUUGGGGUGAGGAGGAAUGACAACGACAGCAACAAAGUGGAGAACAGAACUCAGUGGGACAAAGAGGAGUGGAGAAAAAAUACCUGUCAUAGUACAGAGGAAGACACUUGUGUGGCAGGCUUAGCUGAAGAAGAGAACACCAACACAGGUAGAGGAGGGCUCAAGCAGUCAAAGUCAGAAACAAAUGUGUUUGUCUCCAAUCUAUCCACAAUGAAUCUUAGUGGAAGUCUAUCUAGCGCCCUGGAUUCUAGGAGAGAUACUUUUAUCUGUCUGCCUAGUUCUAAGACCAGCAUUGGUUAUGCCAACAACACUACCUCAGCCCAAGCUGUAAGAAGGGCAGCUGCUGUAGAUAACAACCCUCCACCAUUUUAUUAUCAGGAGAAACAAUGCCACAGUCAGGAUGACAGACAGGAUGAGAGAAGCCAGUGGAGAAAUGGAUCAUCCUCUGACGGUGGUCUUGGACAAAGAAGAACUGGGUUUGAGGAAAGGGUGCUACCACCGAGGCGGCAACAGCUUGUCAGACCCCUAUGUCAGACAGAGAUGGGAAGAGCGCAAAAUUUAGCAGAGCAUAGUGGCCAAGGUUCUGAAGUUGAACGACCAGCCUCCGACAAUAGCACAACAGUUUCACCGAGUCACACUCACAAUGGGUCAAACAAAAAGCUUACAAAAUCAUCUUUACGUGAACCAUCUGAUUUUUCACACCUGUACAACACAUAUGGAGUCUUCCAAUCCAGACAGCCCAACCAGGCAGCCAAAAAUGAGGUUUUGUUAGCGGAAAAGCAGCCAGGUUUAAUUACAAAGUCUGCUUCAAAUACCUCCAAACCUUCCACCAUGGAGAAGCGACCCCAGACUCAGUUCACCUACAGAAGGAAUUGCUCCAGUCCCAAAAGGACGUUUACACCUCCCCAAUCCCCUCUCAGGACACUCCAGGGCUCACCAAACAGGCAGGCCUCAAUGUACCUCAUCUCUAAGGAUACACGUAGAGAAGCUCAACACACCCUGUCAGGAGGAGGCCCGGAUGUCAAAACAUCAGCUCAGGGCCAUGACAGUGCUUGCAUGAGAGCACCAGUUAAAACCAACAUAAAACCGACUGGAAUACCCAAAGCGCCUCUGAACAACCAGCAAAGCACCCCCAACUCAAGCCAUAACUCAAGCCCCAAAAAGAGCUCUCCUUCACCAAAACUUAAACCUAAAGGAGUACGCCCAAAAAUCAUCACUUACGUUCGGAAAAAUCCUCAGUUCAAGCCUCAAGCUGCUGACGGACCUUAUCAGGUAUCUUCUUUACCAGCAAGGUUGUCCACAUACACACAUGGUGCAGGUGCAACACCUAGUUCCUUCAAAGAUACACCUAUAGACUCCUUAAAGCCUGAAAAAGAAACCAGAGGGGCACCAGUACUCAGUGCCUCCAACUUGCUUUACGACAAGUACCACAAAGACAUGCAAACAAACAUCCUUCCAACAGGACUGUUGAGCAGGAGUAUCCGGGUUCCGGGAAAUACAAACACUAUCCCUCCUACACAUACCCACAGUUAUACAGCACCCCCAAAGCUGAGGAGCAAAACAGAAGACUUCGAUGCAGCACAGUCACAGGUCGUGAGAUCAGCCAGUUUUAAAGAGAGUUCUGCAGAGGACCCACUACAGCUUCGGACUGCUGUUCAGACUGGAGGGAGCGGCAGUCUCUUGCGCUCUGGCAGAGGUCUACGUUUAGGCCUGGGUGCUGUGACCAGGACAGCUUCAGGCCCAGUCAAGGGGAAAGGACCUGGUCAAAGUCAGAGGUCAACAAUUAGCCAACCAAUUCAACAAGUCUGCCCAGCAGCCAGCCAGAAAAGCUACGAUACCGCAGCUGAUGAUGAGGUUUUCAUUCAUCAUGCUCCUGAGGCUCCAGCAUCAGCACAGGCCGUGACAUCCAGAUCCCUGCUUCCCAAGGCAAGCCAGUCAGGCCUUCGCGCCCCUGGCUUCAGCACCAACCGUUUCCCCGUGGGCCGCCUGGCAGCGUUUGGCUUCGUCAGGAGUUCUAGCGUGUCCUCUGUUUCCUCUGCACACUCUGCCGACAGCACACAGAGUGACCUGAGCAGGAUCGCUCACCGUCUGAGUGUGAGCGAGGAGCCGCCUCUACACAGGGUGACCGGUGGCUCUCCAUCAACAGAUCACAAGAGAGGUGCGCCAUGUCGCAGCAACAGCCUUCAGCCGCCAUCCACCCCAGUACUGCCGCGCCGAUACCUGCCCGCUCAACCAAGAAGCUCUCCUGAGGUUGGCAGGAAGGAGUUCCAGCGGCGUUCCGAGGUAACACGCUCCCUCCCAUCCUCCCCGAAGAGGCUGGCAGUUGUUCCACCUAAACCUCAGUCACCAGUCCAGUCAGGCCAGCGACCUCUAGGAGGGCCGCCUCGGGGGUCAGUGCCCCCUGGGUCCCCUCGUCGCGUGCCCCCCUUGAAGCUGCAGCAACAGAAGGAGGAUGCUCAGCAGAGAGAAGACGAAGAAAGGAAAGCAAAGGAGAAGGAGAACGAGGACCAACGUGAGCAGCUGGAGAGGCUGCGUGGACGCUGUGAGCAGCAAGAAAAGCAACUGAGAGCUCUUAAAGAAAAACUGAGGAAGACCUCUUUGGGUUUAGAAGCCUUCAUCGUCACCACUCAGCAUUACUGCCUCAAGAAUAAAAUCACAGAAGAGAGUGAAUCAAACUUAUUCCAGGAAAUACAAAUGAUGAAAGAGCAACUGGUGUCCAACUCUGCAAACUGGGAGAAACUCAAGCUGGAAAGGUAUGCAGUGGAAUCGGCAUUUGAAUGUCAGCUGCAGGAGCUGCAGUUGCAGCAGGAAGCUGAGCUGUCCUCUGUGGAAGAGAGCCUCCGGAAGUGUCACUCUGUUGAGACGGAACACCUGAAGGCGGAGCUUCAGUCGGAUUUGGAGGAGCUUAGGACCCAGCAACAGGAGCAGGUGGAGGAGAUGACAGCUCACCACCAGGCAGGCAUUCAGGAACUCAGAGACAUGCAUAAUAUCACCAUGGCAACAAUGCAUGAGGAGCAUGCCCGAACCAUGAGAGAUUUAAGGAAAGCUCACGAGCAGCAGAAGAUGCUUCUUGAGGAGGAUUUUGAGAAACUAAGGCUUUCACUUCAGGAUCAAGUGGACACGCUCACAUUUCAAAACCACAGUCUGCGGGACAAAGCCAAGCGCUUUGAAGAGGCUUUGAGAAAGAGCACCGACGAACAAAUAGUUGAUGUCUUAGCUCCAUACCAGCAUAUUGAGAAGGAUCUGAAGAGCUUGAAGGAGGUUGUGGAAAUGAAGAAUCAGCAAAUACACCACCAAGAGCAGAAGAUCUCAGAUCUGGAGAAAGUGGCCCAAAAGAAUCUGUUCCUGGAGGAGAAGGUCCAGGUUCUGCAGCAACAAAAUGAAGAUCUGAAAGCUCGUAUUGAAAGAAACCUCACCUUAUCUAGGCAACUGUCAGAGGAGAACGCCAACCUCCAGGAAUCUGUCGAGAAGGAGAGUACGGAGAAGAAACGACUCAGUCGGAACAACGAGGAGCUACUGUGGCGUCUCCAGACCAGCCCCCUGAUGUCUCCCUCAUCCUCCCCCCUCCACCGCUCCUUCUCUACCUCCCCCAUCCCGUCAUCCCCAUUGUUCUCAUCCUCACCUGCUCCUUCACUGGGAUGCCACUCCCCCACCCACUGCCACGGCUGCCCCCAGCUACAUGGAAAUUGUCCACAGUCCACCUCCCCCUUCCACACAGCCAAUCAGAAUUACUCCCCUGGCCCGGCCACACCCACCCACAGGGUAGCAACCAAUCAGAAUUACUCCCCAGGCCCAGCUACACCCACUCAUAGGGGAACAGCCAAUCGUAAUUCGGCAACUUGUCUCACUUUACAAAGAUAGAAAUUUGAAAACCCUUAAUUUUCUUUACAUUUAAAAAAAAUAUUUCCUCUCAAAACUACUCUCUCCUUGACCCUUACUGAAUGUGAAAUGUAUUAUGUUGUGUCCAGAAUGACACAUCAAAUUCUUAAACUUGUGUUUUGAAUCUGACAGCUGACGCUUUCUUUCACGCGAAGGUAAUUUUUACCAAAACAUGCAGGAUGACUCAGCUCAAUCUUGAAAUGGUUGCUGUAUAUAUUAUGUAUGAAAGUGACACAAAUAGUGUCAGCAUGAAGUCACUAAGGUGUCCCACAGACAGGAAGCAGCACACAAGAACAAAACCCUCAUGUGUUUAGAACACAAAUGUAUUCAAUUAAAUAUGUUACACACUCUCCUGCUGGGAUGAGCUUGGUAGUUCUGUUCUACAAAGGUAAAUCCCCAACAAAGCGCCUUACUUCUGCCAUUUCACCAGCAAAGGUCAAUCAAUUUCUAUUCAAUAUUUGUCAUUUUUAAUUGGUUUUAGGGAAAUCCUCUGCCUCACCAAGAUGUAAUGGAGUUUACGUCACUGGAACCUCUAAUAUCGAAUACAAUCGAUUUCAGCAUGCUAGGCCAAUUAAUUUAGAUUUACAAACUAUUUUUAACAAAAGAAAUAAUUUCCAUUUGAAGAGUCAAACUUUAAUUCCCAUAAAACGUUAAAAUAAAAUGUAUAUAUACAUAUAGAAAUGGGUGAAAACACAAUUUCUCAUGAUAAAAUACCUGGAUUUGCUACCAAUGUCUUAGCCUUUUCAGGUAUAGUAAUGUUUAUGUUCACUGUAGUUAUUGCUAGUCCAAAAUGGCCAGCACCUCCCACAAUGCAGUGAAGCUUUUGCAUUGCAUUGUGGGAUGUGGCAGCCAUUUUAGGCAAAAAAUAAAGAUAUGCGAAGACUGUUCGUGAACCGAAAAUAAUGUACAACCAGAGGCAUUUUUCUUUUAAAAGCUUAUUCAUAGAUGGAAUCGUUCGUAAACCGGGUCGUUCGUAAAUUGAGGUUCCACUGUAAUUAUAACCCUUUACGUUUUUUACGACUUUGGUGACAUAUUUCCCAAAACAUUUCCGUACAAUUCUGAUUUAAUUAUAUAACCUCAGGGGCAUUUGACGUUAGAGGUUCCAUUGUAUAUAAAACGCAGACACCUUUGCACACAAUUAUUUCUACGGAUACUAUACUAACAAACAACGAAGUCUACAAUGAAUUUGUACAAAAAAUAUAAUGAGCAAUUAGUAUAACAUUUUCAUAUUUAGGGCUACAUGGAAAUUAUCCUACAUGUUUUUUAGAAAUAUGCUGCAGCAGGACUUACUAUUUUGUGUGCAUUCCUGUUGGGAUUCUGCAUGAACCUAGCGACAGUUUAAUUUUUCGUACAGUUUCUAACUAAAUCCGGAAAAGAACUGCAAAAUGCCCACAUCAGAGCCAUAGCAGCAGAUACAGCAACGCGGUAUCCCGAAAUCAGCUUUCAACAAAACAGGGCAGUCGAGGUGAGCUUCAGGUGUUAAAUUUCACACUCCUGUUAAUUCCCUUACACACAGAUGUUAUCCUGCCUCCGUUAUGGCUCUGAUACUACCUCUGAAGGCAGAUAAUUGCCGGGUCGACUUCCCCCCCCCCCCCCCCCCCUUAGUCUUCAUCAGUGUUAAAGAGGUUUCAGACCUAUUUGUUCCACUUAUGUUUUUACUUAAGCACGCAUGCACUGUGAAUGUCUUCCAGUCUUAUUACUGCUGUGGUUUGUCUAUUUACUUAGCUGGCUUUAUGAAGGAAAUGAAUGGGAGAGGGGACAGUCUUUCAAUGAAUUAAUGGUCAAUAAGCUAUAUACUGUACGGUGGAACCCCCAAAAUCGAACACAUUCUGUUUUGUGACGAUUGUUGACUUUAAAGUUGUUCUACUGAAAUUUCAAAACUAUAAAGGGAAUUUAUUUGUUACCGUCUGAAACCGUCAAUAUCAUAAAACGUAUUGGCAGUGAAUAUUAACAUUUUAACAUUCCUAACUCUCAUGGUAUAAAGAGAGGUUAACCACGAUACAAUAAAGUAACUGCUGGAAUUAAAAUGCCUUGUGAUAUUAACUAAUGAUAUUGCUCAUACAAUAUUGUACUGACCAGCCAGAGCUUUUGUAGCUUAUGUUGCAGUAAGUUCCAUUUCUGGGUUUCCUCUUUGCCAUCAUUACUACCCUUAACUGGUGGUAUUAAAAAAAGAAAGAAAAAGAAACACAUACUUGAACCGUAGUUUUUUUUUUUUUUUUUUUUUACUUUUGAGGCAUAUCUUUCCUGAAAGAUCAGGUCAAUCUCCAAAUUGUACAACUUCUGAAGUGUUUGACUUUAGGGGUUCCGCUAGCUAAAUGUUAACCUUCAGUUUACCUCUUUGUGCAAAAUACGUUAUUUUAAACUCUUCCAAAAAUAAUCAUUGACAGAUGACUUCUUCUGAUGUUUCCGGUCUGAACAUGUAUUUAGUAUGUGUUCUAAACGUCUUCAAAUAACACACAUUUGUCAAGUGUUUGAAAUGUAAUCUUUCAGGGAAUUUCUCCUGAAAAUGCUACAAUAACCUCUUUCAAAUUUCUUUUUAUAGCUUCUACUAAGUCUCAUUUUCCUUUUUCUUUCAAAAAAAAACAAAACAAAACCAAAUGCAAUAGAAACCAACCAGGAAUGUAAUGUACUCACACUUCAGCCUCAGGGUGCUCCCAGGGGCUGCUUUGACCAAGUCAACAUCCUGAUUUUCAGUCAGUUUACAAUACAUGAAUGGUGUCCUGCUGAAGAGCGUAACAGAUAUUAAGUCUUUGCAUGAAAACGAACUGCUGUAAAUAAACUUUGUCAGAGAGCAAGAUGGGACAUAAGAGUUAUGUAAGGACAGUGGUCGUGUUCUCUUACCAGGGGUGGGGAACCUACGCCAUACUGUAUGGUCCAUGAGAGCAUUUUAUCUGGCCUGCCAUGAAAUGCUAGACAAAAGCACAUUUCCCCCCCCUCAUGUAUUUACUGUAAAAACUAAUGGAAUGAAAUGGUCCCCAAAAAGAAAAAGAUUCCCCACCCCUGUGUUACAGCAUUUAGCAACAUGUUGUUUCCGUGUUUAUUUAUAUUAUUAUUGUUUUCCUUUUCAGUAACAAACUGUUAAGGUGAUGGUAAUUAGCCAUACCAGCAUUUUUGAUGGCCAUGAAAAGCAAAAUGCAUCAUGAGGAGAACUACAAGGUUUUUUUUUUUCUAAGGUUGGUAGACAGGGUUAAUGUCAAGUAGAACAAAGCAUUUGUCAAGUAGAACUAAGCAUUUGAUUGAUUCUUUUGAAUGAUUUUGAGAAUGUUCAUUGUAAGAAACUGCCAGUCACUCAGUCACUGUGUUUUCAAAUAUUUACAAUUGUACUUCAGGGUCACUUCAGGUGUAAAACAAUACAGUUUACAACAAUAAAUAACAGUAUAAAGUUACAUAUAAUUCAAAUAACACUAAUGACCCUGCCAGUGUGUCCUGUGGACAUCUGUAUCUCGCUCUGAAUGUGAAACAAAUGUAAUGACUGUAGUUUCUAUCAUUUAUGUGAUUUGAUGAAACAUAAAAGGACCUCUUGUCUAAACAAUACUGCAUUUGUAGCAGCCAUUUAUAUAUGUCAAUAUGUAGCACUUAGUCCCCAAACGAGACAAGGCAUUUGUCUUUUACACAAUGAUUGCAUUUGUAAAUGAUGUUGUUACAAAAUGUUAUAUGGGUUCUUUUUUUAAAAAUUUGAUCUCAUUAUAAAUGACACAAUUUCCUCAAAUUUGGCUUUGGUCCAGAGAGAAUGAAUGUGUUUGUUCUGGUAUUGAUUGUAUGUCUGAAUGUAAAUAUAUUAACAGCAUAACUUGUUUCUUAGUGCACCAACAAAGUAAUAGAAGCAUGUUUUGUCAGUCUUUGCUGUUUCUCUUCUUUGAACUCUUUGCAUUGUGAUGGUCGACAUGUAGUUGUAAAGCGUGGCGGACCAAUUUUAUGAAUGAUGAAUGUCAUUUGUUGACAUGUUGGUCAAUAUUAACAUCUGUGCUAUGGAGAAGAUAAAUGUAUUCGUUUAGAAAUUGGUCCUGCACUUCCACUUAUCACUUGUGUUAGAAAAUAGAAUAGAUCUUUGUCACAAGAAUUAAAGUCUACUUGAACAUA